AUGAGAUGCCCUCGAGAACUAGCGACUCGAAUAUUGGGUAACCUCUCAGCUGCAAAGCGCAGGGAGCUCUUGUCUGACGAGGCCUUUCUCAUAGUGGACGAGGGCACUGCCAUCGUAAACCUCAAGACCGAUGUCGAAGCUGAGAGAGUGAUACAAUUAUUGAACGGCAAGCAGAUUGGUGGGCGGGUUAUGUUGGCUAAGCAAGAUAAGUUCGCGCAGAAGACAGUUGAUAGCAAUCCACAGGUCAAUCUGAGUGAGGCACAGCAGAGAGUGUGCCAGUUAGACGGCUCCUCAUCGGAGGAGAGUAGUAGCUCGGCGGAAUGUCAUAUCCUUGCAGUCGAGACCGGCGUUUUUGAUGAUAGCCAUUGGGCGCAUACCUCUUUGGAUGAGAGACUAUCGAGUCAACAGUGUCAAGAGCGAAUCGGACCGGAUAUUGUUGCGUUAUGCCAGAUCAGCAAGGGUGUCGAGUCCGUUGAGGCUAAGAGCUUCGAGAGCAACAUUGAGAACUUCGAGAGUAAGAGCUUCGAGAGCAAUAUUGAGAACAUCGAGGGUAAGGGCUUCGAGAGCAGCAUCGAGAACGUCGAGAAAGCUUACCACGAUAUCGAGGUUGAGAACAUCGAAAGUUGCAGGUCUAGGCUUCGAGAGGGCCCGAAGCUCAGGUAA